AUUUACUCUGAUGAGCCUCAGUGGUGUUGCUCGAUUUCUGAAGAAAGCAGACAAUCAGCGAGAAGUCCAGAGGACAUACCUGCCUGAGGCAGGGCAGCAGACAUGAAGAAAUCAAUUACAUUUACAGCUCCAGGUGUCGAUAAAAGAGAUGUUGAAAAUGGAGACAAGAAGAAAAAAGAUAAGAUGCCCAGUGUUGGAUACUUUCAGCUGUUUCGAUUUGCCACCUGCAAAGACACCGUGAUGAUGAUCGUGGGGGGUUUAUGUGCCGUCAUUCAUGGUGCAGCUUCACCUCUCAUGCUUCUGGUGUACGGCCAGAUGACUAACACGUUUGUGGCGUAUGAGCUUGAGGUCCAAGAACUAAAAGACACAAACAAGGAAUGCAACAACAACACCAUCUAUUGGACAAAUGGCUCCAUAUAUGAAACAGCUGAAAACAGCACUGUCUACUGUGGGGUGGACAUUGAAGCACAGAUGACUAUGUUUGCAUAUUACUAUGUUGGAAUUGGAAUAGGAGUUCUGAUUGUUAGUUAUUUUCAGAUUGCCUUCUGGGUGUUGGCAGCUGCAAGACAAAUUGAUCGAAUGAGAAAGACUUAUUUCAGAAAAGUAAUGCAAAUGGAGAUCGGAUGGUUUGACUGCAACUCUGUUGGUGAACUGAACACAAGGAUGACAGAUGACAUCAACAAGAUCAACAAUGCUAUUGCUGACCAGGUGUCCAUCUUCAUUGAGAGGAUCUCUACAUUUGUGUUUGGCUUCAUGGUUGGAUUCAUUGGCGGAUGGAAGCUGACGUUGGUGGUCAUAGCAGUGAGCCCGCUUAUUGGCAUAGCUGCUGGACUUAUGGCCAUGGCUGUGGCCAAGCUGACAGGGCGAGAGCUUAAGUCCUACGCAAAGGCAGGUGCAGUAGCUGACGAGGUUCUAUCCUCCAUCAGGACAGUAGCAGCAUUUGGUGGGGAGGAAAAAGAAGCUAAAAGAUAUGACAAAAACCUUGCAGAAGCUCAGAACUGGGGUGUGAAAAAGGGCACGAUCGUAGGCCUUUUUCAAGGAUACCUUUGGUGCGUCAUUUUCUUUUGUUUCGCUUUGGCCUUUUGGUACGGAUCUACAUUGGUCAUCGAGACCAAGGAGCUGUCUCCUGGUACUCUUAUUCAGGUUUUCUUUGGAGUUCUCAUGGCAGCCAUGCACCUGGGCCAGGCCUCUCCAUGCUUAGAGGCCUUCGCUUCUGGUCGUGCUGCAGCCAAAAUCAUCUUUGACACAAUUGACCGGGAACCAGAAAUUGAUUGUUUCUCAGAAAAAGGUCACAAAUUAGACAAAGUAAAAGGUGACAUUGAAUUCCAUAAUGUCACUUUCUUCUACCCAUCCCGGCCUGAAGUUAAGAUUUUAAAUAAUCUGAGCAUGAAGAUCAAGGCAGGAGAAGCCACUGCUUUUGUGGGACCGAGUGGAUCUGGAAAGAGCACCACAAUCCAGCUCUUCCAAAGGUUUUAUGACCCAAAGGAAGGAAUGGUGACUUUGGACGGCCAUGACAUUCGUACCUUAAACAUCCAGUGGCUCAGAUCUCUCAUUGGUAUUGUAGAGCAGGAACCAGUGCUGUUUGCUACCACCAUUGCAGAAAACAUCCGAUUCGGUCAACCUGGGGUAAACAUGGAAGACAUCAUCCAAGCGACAAAAGAGGCCAAUGCUUAUGAUUUUAUUACAAAGUUGCCACAGAAAUUUGAUACUCUGGUUGGAGAAGGUGGAGGACAGAUGAGCGGAGGACAGAAGCAAAGGAUUGCUAUUGCUCGAGCUCUGAUCCGAAACCCCAGGAUCCUGCUGCUGGACAUGGCCACAUCUGCCUUAGACAACGAGAGUGAGGCUGUUGUCCAGGAGGCACUGGAUAAGAUGCGCAUGGGCCGGACAACAAUUUCCAUAGCCCACCGUCUUUCCACAAUUAGUAACGCAGAUGCCAUCAUUGGUUUUGAGCGGGGACAGGCUGUGGAGAAGGGAUCACACAGUGAGCUCAUAGAAAGACAAGGUGUCUACUUCACCCUGGUCACCCUGCAGAACCAAGGCAAAUCCAACACAACUAAAGGUAAGAUAUAUUUAGGUCUGCUAAUCAUUAAACUAGGACUGCUGUACAUUCAGCAGGAGUCAAUGGACAAUCUUAGUGUUUGGAGGUCUUUCAUGUAUUUGCUAAAGAGCAACGGAAGCUUCAAUACUUGGUUAAACGUUGUUUUGAUUUGUUUUUUUCCACUGCCAGACGCAAUCAGCGAAGAUCUUGAAGAAGACUUAAGUCUAAAAGCGAAGAGCCGCACAUCCAGUAAAAGGGACUCUGUUCGACUGCGAUCUCAGAGUAAAUUGUCAAAUGACACAUUAUCAGACGUCCUCAAGACCCUUUCGGACAAGGACUUCACAAAUAAAUGUGAGGAUGAUGCCGACAAACAUGUAGAGUCUGCCCCAGUAGCACGUAUCCUCAAAUACAACCAACCAGAAUGGCCGUACAUGCUGAUUGGCUCACUGGGAGCCGCUGUCAAUGGCUCUGUCAACCCCAUCUAUGCUGUCCUUUUCAGCCAAAUUCUUGGGACGUUUGCCAUUGGUGACUUGAACGAGCAGAGGAAACAGAUCAAUGGGAUAUGUAUUCUGUUUUGCAUUGUGGCUGUGAUUAGUUUCUUCUCCCAAUUCUUACAGGGAUAUGCUUUUGCAAAGUCUGGAGAGUUGCUGACCCGCCGUCUAAGGAAAGUGGGCUUCCAGGCCAUGUUAAGGCAGGAGAUUGGCUGGUUUGAUGACCCCAGAAACAGCCCUGGAGCUCUGACCACCAGACUGGCCACUGAUGCAUCCAUGGUGCAAGGGGCAACAGGAUGUCAGAUCGGCAUGAUUGUGAACUCGUUGACCAGCAUUGGAGCUUCUUUUAUCAUUGCUUUCUACUUCAGUUGGAAGUUAACUUUUGUAAUAAUGUGCUUCCUGCCACUCAUUGGGCUGUCUGGGGUGUUUCAAGCCAAAAUGCUGACAGGUUUUGCAAAUCAAGAUAAAAAAGCCAUGGAAGCAGCAGGUUUGGUUUCCAGUGAGGCUCUUGCCAACAUCAGGACGAUUGCGGGCUUGGCCAAAGAGAGCUCAUUUGUUGAAUCAUAUGAGCAGAAACUCGAGCUUCCAUACAAAUCUGCAAAGAAAAGAGCCAUCAUCUAUGGGCUUUGUUUUGGGUUUUCCCAGUGUGUCAUCUUCAUGGCGUAUGCUGCUUCGUUUAGAUAUGGAGGCUAUCUGGUUAGCUUUGAGGGGUUACAGUACAUGUUUGUUUUCAGAGUGAUCACAGCUGUAGUAAUCAGUGGGACAGCACUGGGCAAAGCGUCCUCCUUCACUCCAGAUUAUGCCAAAGCCAAAACUGCUGCUGCUCGGCUUUUCAAACUUUUGGACCGAAUUCCUGAAAUCAGCAUGAGCCAUGCAGAUGGAGAGAAAUGGGAUAACUUCAGAGGUGAAAUAGAGUUCCUCAAUUGCAACUUUACCUAUCCAACCCGGCCAGAUGUCCAAGUGUUGAAUGGCCUGGCUGUGUCUGUGAAGCCUGGUCAGACUUUAGCAUUUGUUGGGAGCAGCGGUUGUGGGAAAAGCACCAGUGUUCAACUGUUGGAAAGGUUCUAUGAUCCUGAUGAAGGGAAAGUGUUGAUUGAUGGUCGCCCAUCUUGUACAGUCAAUGUGCCCUUCUUGAGAUCUCAGAUUGGCAUAGUGUCCCAGGAGCCAGUGUUGUUCGACUGCAGCAUAGCGGAGAACAUUCAGUACGGAGAUUACACAUGUAGUGUUGGCAUGGAAGAGAUUUUUGAGGCCACAAAGAAAGCCAACCUACAUGACUUUGUGAUGACACUACCAGAUAAAUAUGAGACUCAGGUUGGUGCCCAGGGCUCCCAGCUGUCAAGAGGACAAAAACAACGCAUCGCCAUUGCCCGGGCAAUCGUCAGAAACCCCAAGGUCCUGCUACUAGAUGAAGCUACCUCUGCCCUGGACACAGAGAGUGAACAGAGUGUACAGGCUGCUCUGGAUGAGGCAAGAAAAGGACGGACCUGCAUCGUCAUCGCUCACCGACUGUCUACUAUCCAGAGUGCUGACAUCAUAGCAGUGAUGUCUAAUGGAGCGGUCAUAGAGCAAGACACACAUGAUAAACUCAUGGCCAAAAGGGGUGCCUAUUAUAAACUGGUAACAACAGGCUCUCCUAUCAGCUAGACGCCUGCAGACACUUAAAAUGAGCAUAAGAUAAACGUAAUUUAUAGGUAUAUCUCUUUUCAUGCAGUGUCCUCAGAUAUUGCACAUAAACCAUGGGAAUGUCUUUUUCAUUUGGCAUAGAAUACACAUGUUUCAUCGCUUUUGGUUUGAAGAAUCCGUUUUUAGUAAUCACAAGGUUUGUUUGGUUGUAUAUGUCUGGUUUUAUAUUUAUUUGUUUACAAGAAGUUCCUUUUAUAAAUUAAAGGGUAAAGACUUCUACAUGCAUCUUACAAUGUUUCUAUCAUUGGACUGUAAUGUUUUGAAUUAUUCUUCAUGUAAUUCAUGACCAU